AACUUAGUCUGAUGUAUGAGAUUAAGCCAUUGGGGUCAUUUGGAUUUAAGUUAUACCUCCUCAAAAUCUCUGGCUUCUCUCUGCACAUACUCAUAUUUGUUGUUAUUCUUAAUCACUUCUUUUUAUCAAUUCCUUACUGUAGCAUACAUCUAAUUCUUGAAAAUUCACUUGUGUCUUGUAAAGAUGGCAAAUUCAAACAUCUGCUGUGUAUGAUACACCAUUAACUACACAGAGACACUCUGUAUUUGCUACAUUAAUAUUUACUGAUGUGUUAAUGUAAUAAUGACCCAUCUGCUUUUGCUGCCUAUGAAGCACUUUCUAUCUAUAGGGAUGGAAAUUAAUGACAGUCUCUCUGAGCUGCCUGAGAUCAGAGCUGAGAAAGCUGUGAAAGUUAUAUAAGAGCUAGAUUACUAGUCAGCAAAUGAAGAGGUCAAUUCUCCAGUAGAUGUAAGCUUGAGGUCUUUUCCUGAAGCUCUCUUGCUAUCAAAGGCAUUUGCUGAUAUUGCUGACACUAAAACACCAAAAGAAAAUUGGAGAAACAAUGUGCAUCCUGAAGCUGCCAGUUUUUCUCCUUGUGCUCUCUGUUGUAUUAAACCAUCUGAAAGCUACUCCUCUUGAAAGGCACAGUGUUUCAUCACAGACAUGCAACACUGCUACCUGUACAAUACAACGCCUGGCAAAUUUUUUAGUUCGUUACAGUAACAACUUUGGUGCUGUUCACUCACCUACCAAUGUGAGAUCCAAUGGAUAUGGCAAGAGGAAUGCCGUUCAAGUUUUAAAUAAAGAACCAUUGAAUUACUUACCCCUUUAGAGGUCAAUGUACCUUCACAGUUCUUCUCAUUGUUUCAUGUUCAAAUACACUAGUGAUUUCCUGUAUAAUGUAACUGCCUUUUUCAUUUCUCAUGUGAAUAUAUGAGUCUGUAUAUCCCAUGUCUGUUACCAGUACAUACACAUUGUCAAAGAAUUGUUUCAAAUGUAGUACUAAUUAAGAUCCCAUAAUGAAAAGACAAUGUCUUUUUUAAAAAUGAAAUGUUCUUGCUAGAGAUUUUUACUUUAAUAACAAAAACGCUAUUUUCUUGGCCGAUAUCUUUAUGACCUGAGUUUAAGAACAAAAGAAAAAAUGGUAAUCCGAAGGUUGGUACAUUGUAAACAGCUAAUAAUAAAGUUAUUAUUGUGAACAUUAGAAAACCAGCAAUUCUAAGUACCCUCAUUAAGCAGUCCUUUCUUUGCAUUAGAUUUCUGAAAUGAGAUAAGAUGCUGUUUAAAAAAUAAAUAAAUAAAACCCUGCUUCUGACUCAGUCAAAAUAUUUUUUUAAAUUCUAUUCUUUGUUGUAUGUGCUGGUACUGAAUGGUUAUUUAAAAAUAUAAAAGCAAUUUGUGUCCAUGAGGGUUUCCUUUUGUAUUAUCAACAGUGAGUUUUUAUUAAAUGUAUAUGC